AUGACACCCGACUUGGCACCGAAGCUUCUCGGAAUAGGGACAAACCUUGUCCUACAGAGAAGUCUGGGAACUCCAUGUCUGCUCCAUCAGAUCUUGGCCAUCUCAGCACAGCAUCUCGCCCACCUCCGUCCAGAUCGCUGUCAAUUUUACUCGCGCCAGGCGGUGCAGCUGCAGACGAAAGCCAUAGAGUUGUUCAACGCCACACAAAUCAUCGACAAGACAAACUGCGAGGCAACCAUCCUCUUUGUCGGCUUGCUGAAUCGACAUCUUCUAAUUGAUGUUCUCGGCAACCGCGAGGGCGACGCCGCUGCUUUCCUGGAGCGAUUCAUACGAUCAGCGCAGGUGCAGAGAGGCAUCAGGGUCAUCUACAACAAGACAUCAACCAUCUUGCUCGAGUCUGACCUGGCACCCCUUGUGCGGGAGGGGAGCUGGGCCGCCACGCGCUCGUCCACGGUAGGAAAAGAAUGCGACAUGCUGCGGCAGCUCAUAUCCAUCACGCCCGCCCUCGACCCGAUCGCCAAAGAAGCCUGCCGCACGGCAGUCCACUUCCUGCAGGUCGGCUUUGACGAGCUGGCACAGUCUCCACGAGCCGACAAUGUGUUCCGCUUGAUCUUCUGCUGGGGGGCGUAUUUCCCGAAUGAGUUCUUCGACCUGCUGAGCCAGCGAAGACCAGAGGCUGUAGCUGUCUUGGGCUGGUACGCGGUCCUGCUGGAUUCCGGGAGGACUCAUUGGGCCAUUGGCGAUGCUGCCGUCUUUGUCCUGCGUAGCGUCUCUUGUUUUCUGGGUCCUGAAUGGGCUCACUGGUUGCAAUGGCCCAUGGAGAUGCUGGCGGACCGCUUACCUGAGUAG